GUUAAACUGUUUGUGGUGGUUGGUUGCAGCCAUGCACCGUGGUCGGAGGUGGGUAUGGCGUGGGUUGGGUCGUGCAGGAGUGCUUGUGGUGACGGCACAGGUGCUGGUAGGUGUGUUGGCCGUCACACUGGCUGCCUGGCUCCUCAUGUGGGCGCCCUCACUCAAGUUCAGGGAGGUUCCUCACUACGCUGGUGUUCCGGUGUUGUUGGCAGGAGUGUUCGGCGCUGUCCUCAUCAGCUGCUUCCAGAAGCGCCGGCAACGCUGCCUUGCCAACCUCAUCAAGGGUGUGGUGGUAAGUGUGUGCUGCGUGAGUAUAGUGACCUGCCUGUGUGUGUGCAUCUUCACAGCCCUGCACCUCACUCAACUAUCUGCCAUGACCUGCUACACGCGGCACUCCUUCCUUCCCACCACAACCACACAGCACCCACCUACACAUACCACUACUGCAUACUCUGGUUUUAGUACUCCAUCGUCGUAUAAAGUCUUCAAGAGCCAUCUUGCCGGGAUUGAGGACGACGAAGAUGAGAGUGAAGGCAGCGGGCGUGAACCCAGGAACUUGCCCCUUGAAGAGAAUGUCGACGAGGCUCAGCAUUUCGAAGCAGUCACUCUUGAGACUUCGUCUGUAGGACUGGAGAACGAGGUUGUAAUGAACGUGACUUUCUGUGAAUGUGAGAAGAGGGGAUCCACUUGGGUGCGGACGCUGAGGUAUCGUAACCUCUCCUGUUUAGACGUGAACAACAUUUUGCCAGUGUUGUUCGUGGCGUCUUGUGUCGUCACUGCUGUCGGAGCCCUCCUGUCAGGGCUCGUACUUUAUCUUCUGUGGUCCUUCAGAUCUAAUUUUUAUGGUCCUGCCAAACUUUAUGAAACUCGACCAUUUAUAUUCACCAGCAAUGUCAAAAACAAUAGCAAAGCAAGUAAUGGCUCUGGUACUAAAGUGACCAACGGAGAUUCUCAGUUCAGGUGACGAAGGUAACUACUGGACCAGAAAAUACCUGGGUCAGAUGUGAACAAUGUAUGAAAUCAACAAAAGUUAGUGAAAGAAGUGGCAAGUGACUAAAGUCAGUGAAGUCAGUCUGUUGCAUACACAGUAGAGUAGCAGAUUAUGUAGCAUAUUCAAAGUGCAUCUUCAUGAAGCAACAAACCGAGUCUCUCUAAUGAAGCAAUUUCAGUUACAUUUAUUUUUGUACUGUGUACAAACUAUUAACUGGACUUCCAUAGUCUGCAAAAGACAGUGCACUAAACUAAAUUAUACUGAAAAUAUGUCGUUUGUAAUAUGUUUAGUUUUAGAGGGAAUGUCCCUCCUUAGUAAAGUCAUUAUACACAAAUCGUAUCUGUAUGCCUUCAUAGGUUUUAGAAUUAAUUUUCUAACCUCAUUUCAGGGAGCAAAUAGUGCAAGGUAAAAAUAUUAAUAGUGAGCAACUUUGUUGACAGCUUUGACCAGUGUUAUGAAUAUUGACAGCUUUGACCAGUGUUAUAUGAAUAUUGACAGCUUUGACCAGUGUUAUAUGAAUAUUGACAGCUUUGACCAGUGUUAUAUGAAUAUUGACAGCUUUGACCAGUGUUAUGAAUAUUGACAGCUUUGACCAGUGUUAUAUGAAUAUUGACAGCUUUGACCAGUGUUAUAUGAAUAUUGACAGCUUUGACCAGUGUUAUGAAUAUUGACAGCUUUGACCAGUUUUAUAUGAAUAUUGACAGCUUUGAUCAGUGUUAUAUGAAUAUUGACAGCUUUGAUCAGUUACUAAAUGUAGACAGCUUUGACUGAUGUUAUAUAAAUGCUGACACCUUUGACCAGUGUUAUAUGGUUGACACCUUUGACCAGUGUUAUAUGGUUGACAGCUUUGACCAGUGUUAUAUGGUUGACAGCUUUGACCAGUGUUAUAUGGUUGACAGCUUUGACCAGUGUUAUAUGGUUGACAGCUUUGACCAGUGUUAUAUGGUUGACACCUUUGACCAGUGUUAUAUGGUUGACAGCUUUGACCAGUGUUAUAUGGUUGACACCUUUGACCAGUGUUAUAUGGUUGACACCUUUGACCAGUGUUAUAUGGUUGACAGCUUUGACCAGUGUUAUAUGGUUGACACCUUUGACCAGUGUUAUAUGGUUGACAGCUUUGACCAGUGUUAUAUGGUUGACAGCUUUGACCAGUGUUAUAUGGUUGACACCUUUGACCAGUGUUAUAUGGUUGACAGCUUUGACCAGUGUUAUAUGGUUGACAGCUUUGACCAGUGUUAUAUGAAUGUUGACAAUUUUAACCAGUGUUAAUGUUGAUAACUUUGAGCAGAGUUAUGUGAAGUUUAUGCUGUUUAUAAUAAAAUAAGGAGAUGAAAUUUUCAAUAAUACAUGCACAAGUUAUUGAAGAACAAUAUCUUGGUUAUCUGAGCUCAUUAACCGAACAUCAAAUAAUGCUUUUACAAUACCAUUCAUGACUGUAGAGGCUGUCACUUUCCUAACCGUAACAAAAGUAGUGACCAUUGUGGUUACUAGUAAACUCCAGAUGUCAAUGCCGUCUCGGCCCGGUCCCAGACCAGUCCUCCUGCUUAGUUGAAGUUAAUGCAACCUUUUACUCUGAUAGUUUUUAUGACUAAUCAGUCUUGUAAUUUUCUCCAAAGUUAUUUAUUAAUUUUAAAAUAAAUGUUGGAGCGUAAAGCUUUACGAGAAUAACUGUGAUCAUCGUGUAAAGAGGGAAGUAUUAACAGUGUACAGAAUAAAGAAAAAUGUUAACACUUCACAGUGACGGUAACUCUAUACAGUGGAGUGGUCCUGAAUCUGUACACGCAAAUCACCCACAACACAAACAAAAAACUCGGCAGAAGGUUCGGUAGGGAUGCCAGGAGUAUACCGAGAGACAAUAAGUAUGAAAGAGACCCAAGAUUAUUCAACAACCUUCCAUCAUGCAUAAGUGGGAUUGCCAGUAGAUACCUAUGUAUCUCUCCUCGGGGGGAAUAUAUAGGUUCCUCAAGUCAAUCCCUGGUUAUGUUAGGUAAGACACAUAUGCAACAGUUAGACAACUUUAUUCCGAAACGUUUCGCCUACACAGUAGGCUUCUUCAGUCGAAUACAGAAAGUAGGCAGGAACAGUAGAGAUGUGAAGACGAUGUAAUCAGUCCAUCACCCUUGAAGUCGUAGAAUUUGAGGUUGUCAGUCCCUCGGCCUGGAGAAGUUCAGUUCCAUAGUCAGGAACUAUCUGAAGAUCAAGCGACAGUGCGGAGACUUAAAUACUGUCGGAAGGAGAGGUGCAGAGUAGUAGUAGUAGUAGUGGUUAGCUGGAUUGUGGUUCGUACGUUGGAAUGCGUGUUGUCAGCAGUAACAGCCUAGUUGAUUUGGCCCUAAUCCGCCGGAUGGCUUGGUAAUGCACCGGGUCGCGGUGACGACCUUCGGGAACUCAGGGUAGGUAGCCAUACGUGGGGGCAGAUUAUUAUUAUAAUCAAAAAGAAGCGCUAAGCCACAAGGGCUAUACAGCACGUGGGGGCAGAGGGCACUGUAUAUUUCCCCACACCACUGAUUUAGGGGGGCGAUUCUCAACCAUUUCACGCACAGGACUUCAUUUUUAACCUCGUAAUUUAACAGAUCAUGCUGAUAGUUUUAAUUUGACUGGGAUAGACGUUGAUUGACGAAGGAAACUCCAGCAGUGGCUGGAGGAGCAAUACUUGGUGCCAAGCUUCCCACACCAGUGAUAGCUAGGUAAUAUACCUUGUGUAAGUGUACAUAAAACACAUGAAAAUAAAUUUAUACAUUAUAAAUGUAUU